AGUAGAGCAGGUUGGACAAUAGGGAAUAGAGAUGGCCAUGAACGCCGCUCACCCUGAUCAUGAUCUCACGUUGGCUGAGCCGAUCGAGUUGCAGACCUCCACUUCGUCUUCGUCGCCUCGGACGGUCGCGGUCGCUCACGACAACAUUCAGUAUGGUGGCACCGAAACCACAACCGCCUAUCCCUCCGGCGUCAACACCCCCGCCGUCGCCGCCCACGAUCUCACGGAUGCAGAGAUGGACGAACUCUACUUGAGAGAUGUGUUGGCGAGAAGCAGUAAGCAGGGUAUCUUGCACCGUAGUGCGGGGUUGUUGUUUAAGGAUUUAACGGUCCGCGGAAAGGGUGCUGGCGCGACAUUCCAGCCUACCCUCUCCAACUGGAAUCUGGGCGGGAUGUUUGCGAAGACGCCGAUGAAGACAAUUUUGCAUGGGCUUAAUGGUGUUGUGGAGGAAGGGGAGAUGUUGCUCGUGCUUGGGAGGCCUGGAGCGGGGUGUACCUCCCUUUUGAAGAGUUUGGCGGGAGAAACAUCGGGGUUCGAAUCAGUUGAUGGUGCGGUCACCUACCACGGCCUCGACCAAGCAACCAUGAAAUCCCGUUUCAGGGGAGAAGUCGUCUACAACGCCGAAGUCGAUACCCACUUCCCUACCAUGACCGUCGACCAAACCCUCCGUUUCGCAGCCGAAGCCCGCGCCCCUCGUUCGCGGUUGGAGGAUCACAGUAGGAAGGAGUAUAUCGCGAUUGUGAGGGAUGUCCUCGCUACGGUGUUUGGGCUGAGACAUACGUAUAAUACGAAGGUUGGGAAUGAUUUCGUGAGGGGUGUUAGUGGGGGUGAGAGGAAGAGGGUGAGUAUCGCGGAGAUGUUGGCGACCAGGGCCAGGCUUGGGAUGUGGGAUAACUCGACGCGUGGAUUGGAUGCCUCUACCGCGCUCGAGUUCGCCCGUGCUUUGAGGGUUGCGACAAACCUUGCCAAGAACGUGGCUGUUGUCGCGAUUUAUCAGGCUGGAGAGCAGAUUUAUCAGGUUUUUGAUAAAGUUACGAUUCUGUAUGACGGACACCAGAUCUUCUUCGGACCCAUCGAAGACGCGAAAGAGUUCUUUGAGAGGAUGGGAUUCGAAUGUCCCCCCCGCCAAGCCACCGCGGAUUUCUUGACCGCUGUUACGGAUCCCGCUGGUCGUUUCCCGAAGUCGGGGUGGGAGAGUCGGGUACCGAGGACGGCGGAUGAGUUUGAGAAGUACUGGCGCGCGAGUCCGGAGUAUCAGAGGAUGUUGGUGGAGAUGGGGGCGCAUGAAGGCCGACAUGACGGGCAGCAAACGUUGGAGAUGUUUGAUGCGUCCACUGCGCAGGAAAAGGCCAAGCACCAACGCAAAAAGUCUCCGUAUACGGUCAACUACCGCAUGCAACUCAACGCCUGUAUCAAACGCUCCUACCAACGCACAUGGGGCGACAAACCCUUCUUGUUCUCGAAAGUCUUUGCGGCGAUUUUCCAGAGUUUGAUUAUUGGGAGUGUGUUUUAUGAUACGGCACAAGACACCUCGGGGUUUUUCUCGUUGGGUGGUGUGUUGUUUUUUGCGAUUCUGUAUAAUGCCUUGCAGGCUAUGUCGGAGAUUGCGUCGAUGUAUGAGCAGAGGCCGAUUAUUUUGAAGCAUAAGAGUUAUGCGCUCUACCAUCCGAGUGCGGAUGCGUUUGCAUCGUUGUUGAGUGAUAUCCCGAUUCAGCUUGCUGUGUUGACCGCGUUUGAUAUCAUUCUGUAUUUCAUGACGGGGCUUCAGCGGAAAGCUGGACAGUUUUGGAUUUUCUAUUUGUUUACGUUCAUUACGACGCUUUGCAUGACUGCCUUUUUCCGGGCGCUUGCGGCGUUGACGAGGACGGUGAAUGAUGCGAUGAUGUUGGGUGGUAUUGGUGUUCUUGCCAUUGCGAUCUAUACUGGGUAUGUCAUUCCCCGCCCGAGUAUGCGUGGGUAUUUCAGGUGGAUUUCGUACAUUAAUCCUGUUGCUUAUGGGUUUGAGUCGCUCAUGGUUAACGAGUUCCAUGGACGUAACGUGCAGUGUGCCGCGACGUCUUUGGUGCCAUUCGGUGCUGCGUAUGCUGCUGUCCCAAAUGGACAGGUCUGUGCGGUCACGGGAGCUACGGCUGGCUCUACCAUCGUCUCGGGUGAUUCGUAUUUGGAUGCGUCGUUUGGGUAUUCCUUUUCGCACUUGUGGAGGAAUUUCGGUAUCAUUAUCGGGUUUUGGAUUUUCUUCCUUGCUGUGAAUCUGUUGGCGACGGAGUUCAUGUCUACCGCUCAGGCUGGUGGCGAGGUUCUUGUUUUCAGGAAGGGAAAGGCGCCGAAGCACGUUACUGAGGCGCUUUCGGCUGGGAAGGCGGUCGACGAUCUCGAGGCUCAGGAUUCUGGGGCGAUUGCGAGUGAGCAAGGCGCGUUGGCUGAUACGACCCCGAGUAAGGAGAUGGAGAGCGUUGCGUUGAGUAAGGAUACCUUCUCGUGGCAGCAUGUGAAUUACGACAUCAUGAUCAAGGGCAACCCGAGGAAGUUGUUGAGUGAUGUUCAGGGAUUCGUGAAGCCUGGUACGCUUACUGCGCUCAUGGGUGAGUCUGGUGCGGGUAAGACGACGUUGUUGAAUGUUCUUGCGCAGCGUGUUACGACCGGUGUUAUCACUGGUGACAUGCUCGUCAAUGGAUCCCCACUCGAUGCUUCUUUCCAGAGGAAGACUGGAUAUGUUCAGCAGCAGGAUGUGCAUCUUGCUCAGACGACUGUUAGGGAGGCGCUUAGGUUCUCGGCGAUGUUGAGACAGCCUAAGAGUGUGAGUAAGAAGGAGAAGCAUGAGUAUGUUGAGACUGUUAUCAAGUUGCUCGAGAUGGAGGAUUAUGCUGAGGCUGUUGUUGGCGUUCCUGGAGAGGGAUUGAAUGUGGAGCAGAGGAAGCGUUUGACGGUCGGUGUUGAACUUGCUGCCAAGCCUGCUUUGUUGUUGUUCUUGGACGAACCUACUUCCGGUCUUGACUCCCAAUCCGCUUGGUCCAUCGUCGUUUUCUUGAGGAAGUUGGCCAACGCUGGACAAGCUAUUUUGUGUACCAUUCACCAGCCUUCCGCUGUCUUGUUCGAGCAGUUCGACCGUCUUUUGUUGUUGCAGAAGGGUGGUAAGACUGUUUACUUUGGUGACAUCGGACGGGAUUCUCGUACCAUGAUCGAUUACUUUGAGAGGAAUGGUGGUCACAAGUGUGGACGUACCGAUAACCCCGCUGAGUACAUCUUGGAUGUGAUCGGUGCUGGAGCCACUGCUAGCGCGUCUCAGGAUUGGCAUCAGAUUUGGUUGAGUUCGCCUGAGAAUCAGGCUGUUACUCAGGAGUUGGAUGAGAUGCAUACGCGUCUUAGGGCUGAGCAUGCGCAUGACAGGGAUAACCAGGACUCUGCUUCCUUGUCCUCGUAUGCCAUGCCUUUCAGCACUCAGUUCUGGGAGGUCAUGAAGAGGACGUUCAGUCUUUACUGGCGUUCCCCCGAGUACAUCACCUCCAAGGUUGCUCUCAACAUCAUCGCUGGUCUCUUUAUUGGUUUCACUUUCUACAAGCUCGACGUCAGUCUCGCUGCUUUGCAGAACCGUCUUUUCGCUAUCUUCAUGGCCGUUGUUUUGUCCACUUCGUUGAUCAACCAGAUUCAGCCGAGGUUCAUUGACAUGCGUUCUUUGUACGAAGUCCGUGAGAGGCCCUCGAAGAUGUACAACUGGGUUGCGUUCACCUUUGCUGCUAUCAUUGUUGAGAUUCCGUACAACAUGCUCGCCGGUACUUUGUUCUACGCCUGUUGGUACUUGCCCAUCGGAUUCUUCCGUAACGGUACCGGUGGUGCUGACAGAAACGCAUACAUGUGGUUGAUGCUCAUGGUUUUCGAGAUGUUCUUUGCGUCUUUCGGUCAGGCUAUCGCUGCUGCGUCUCCCAACGCUCAGACUGCCGCUAUCAUUCAGACUCUCUUCUUCUCCUUCGUCCUUAUCUUCAACGGUGUCUUGCAGCCUUUGUCGCAGCUCGUUGGUUUCUGGCACUGGAUGUACCAUUUGUCUCCUUUCACCUACCUCAUUGAGGGUAUGCUUUCCAAUGUGCUUCACGAGCUUCCAGUUCGGUGCGAGGGUGCGGAGAUCAACAUCUUUCAGCCCGCUGCUGGACAGACUUGUAACGAGUACGCCGGUGCUUACCUCGCUGUUGCUCCCGGUUACCUCUACAACCCUGACGCUACCGCUGACUGUCAGUACUGUACCUUCAAGACCGGUGACGGUUUCUUGGCUACGCGUGACAUGUCCUGGGAUAACCGCUGGAGGGACUUUGGUAUCCUCCUCGGUUACGUUGCGUUCAAUAUGAUCAUGACCUUUGUCUUGCUCUGGGCUUUCCGUCUCCACAACUGGAACCGCGGAGCUGGUCGUCUUGAACCAGGGUGACGGACAGAACCCCGGUCACGAGGUGAUUAACUCUGGUGCCAGGCAGGAGCAGAAUGCUGCUGUUGGUGCUCAGGCCUCGGGCAUGGGCCCCUUGCAAGAGACUACUGUCACGAGCCAGAACAGUGAUAUCGGAUUGCAGGGUAGGCACGCUGUAUGAGAUAUUGGCGUGAUUUGAUUUUUGAUUUUUGAUUUUUGUUUUUUGUUUUCGUUUUGUUUUCAACUUUUACUUCAUAUAGAGAUUUACGUUACGCAUCUUACUACGAGAAAG